AUGGUAGACAGUCUGAGAAUGGUGGACAAUCAGGGUAUGGUAGACAGUCUGGGUAUAGUAGACAACCUGGGUUUGGUAGAUACUCAGGGUAUGGUAGACAGUCUAUGUAUGGUAGAAAAUCUGGGUUUGGUAGACAGUCUGGGUAUGGUAGACAAUCUGGGUUUGGUAGAUACUCAGGGUACGGAAGACAGUCUAUGUAUGGUAGAUCUGGGUCUGGUAGACUGUCAGAACAUGACAGACAGUCAAGAUAUUGUAGACAGUCUUGAUAUGGUAGACCGUUUGGGUUUGGUAGACUUUCAGAACAUGACAGACAGUCAAGAUAUUGUAGACAGUCUGGAUAUCGUAGACCGUCUGGGUAUGGAAUACAAUCAGAACAUGACAGAUAGUCAAGAUAUGGUAGACAGUCAGGAUAUGGUAGACAGUCUGAGUAUGGUAGACAGUCUGGAUAUAAUAGACAGUUUGGGUAUGGUAGACAGUUUGGGUAAAUUAGGCUACGAGUCUUCAAAAUUUGCUUUUUACGUUAAUAUUUAG